GCGACGCAAACUGAAAUCACUGUAGAAAUACUGGAUCAAAUUGAAUCGGAACUUAAAGAAAUCAUAGAGAAGAAGGACAAGGUAGCAAGGGAGAGAGACGAGUUAUCGAGCGCGACAAAGAGACUUCAACAUUUAGUGAAAAAUCCGAAAUUUGACAUCUCAAAGUUUAAGGGCAAUGAUGAAGAUGUUGAAUUUUACACAGGUCUUCCACACUGGGAUGCACUUAUGCUUCUUUAUGAUAUGGUCAAUCAGAAAGCACAGAACCUGAACUAUGGCAGUUAUGAAAAGAAAGGAAUUGGCUCCGAGCAAAAAGCUAGGUAGACCUAGAGCACUUACAUUAUUUGAAGAGUUUGUGUUGACUCUGAUGAGACUUAGGCUUGGCUUGUUACAAAAGGAUCUUGCCCACAGAUUCAAUGUUUCUGAAACUACUGUGUCU